GCUCAUUCAUCGUGUCACCGUGCGCACUUUUGUAACACACACACACACACACAUACACAUUUAUAACAAGUAGUGUAGAUGAUGUGCACCAUAAUUAGAUCGGAGCACGUUAUAUAGUGUGCACUGUGCAGUACAGCGCCGGCGGCUACGACAGAGUUAUAUCACUCUAAUUCCUUUCGAGAGCGAAAUACCAUAGACUGCAAUUCUGUCGUGGACAAAUAAAAGCUCGUUCGCUGUCCUAUUCUCUCUCAUCCCCCCCCCCCAAGUUAUUUUCGCCUCGUGUUCGUGCCACGCUAUAUAGUAGAGAGAUUUCGAAGUUUACGCCAUCCGUGGUUAUAUCAUGUGUGUUUCCUUGUGAAAUGUGUCGUUCGUUCCGACAACGAGACCGUGGGCUCCGAAAACUCAAGUAAUUCCAAGCAUUUUACACCUGAAGGAAAAUUUUCCGUCCUCAAUGUUCUCGAAUCAAGUUGCAGAAGCUCACGUAAUAUAAAGAAGAAGAACGAGGGAAAUUAAGUUAGAGUACAAGAGGAGUGAGGACCCGAAAAAAAAGACGGCUGGUCGUACAGCCGUGCGGGUCUGUUGUCGGCCUCAUGUUGUCUUGUCUCCUGCAGAUUUGAUGUUUUCUUACGUUAAUAACCCGACAGCAUGGACAAUUCGUACAAGAACGAGCUUGAGUUUCUAGAUCUAACAAAUUUAGAUGCAAAUGGCAGAGAUGAGUUGACAGCUAUUUUAAAACCAAAUGCUUCUGCAGAAGGUUUGAAACUACCAUGGGACAGGGGAGAAGAAGAAUACCAUGUAAUUCCAGAAGAAAUCGAGCUUGAAGAAGUUCCAAAAGUCUGGCAACAGUAUGAAAUGGAAAAUAACGUAAUGAAAUAUGAAGCUCAGACAAACAGUUCAUCUUCCGUCCUUGUUACUGUACCAACCACAAUUCAAUACAGUCAACAGAUGAUGACCCCAGUAUGUCACGAAUGGCCUCCCAACAUGUACAUUAACAAUAUGACUAAUGACCCAAACGUACAUCCAUACAUGCAAGGAAUGGCUUAUUCGCCAAACAUGUAUCCUCCAACUGAAAGUCAAGAAAUUCCUCCUAUGAGAGAUGGUGGAAGACGGGGUCGUGGACGGGGUAACAAGAAUUAUAAUCGAAACAUGAAUCAUACUAAUGAAAUGCAAGCUAGCUACAUGGGAGAAUAUGGUCAGUAUCCAAUCAAUAUGGCAUAUUCACCAUAUGUAUGCAUUUCGGAUCCCACUGUUACUUCGCAACAACAUCCUGUUGCUGGACAACCAAUUUAUUUUUCUUCUACUGCAAUAUAUCACUCGCCUACCAUGCCACAACAAACUCAUCAUGUUGAUUUCAUACCGUAUCAUCAAUCUUCAACAAACCUAAAAUAUAGUCAUCAGUCUCAAAGCAUAUUACCACAAACUAAUGGAGAAUCCAUGCAAAGCACAAAUCAUAAAUCAUAUGAAAAGCGACCGCAAAAUGUAAAUACGUCAAAGCCUUCCAUUCAUCAAACAGUUGAUGAUGAAAAUAAUUCAUCCCAAACAAAUAUAGUUACAACAGUUAUUGUAAAUAAUAGUAAUGUAGAUUCGUCUAAUAAUGAAGUUGAUGAUAAUCUAAUUGCCAUUACCAAUUCAAAUAACAAAAAAUUUGAUUUAAAAAUAGAACAGCAUAUUGUGUCGAAGAUAAACGAAAACUAUAAAUGUGUUGAAAAGAAUGAUGUUAUUCCUUGUGUUAACAUUAAAAGUAGUAUAGAAGUUAAGCAGAACGGAAAUGAUAAAGAAUAUGAUGAAACUAGUUCACAUGUAAAAGCACCAACUACAAGUACGACUUCCAAAGUUGCUGCCAAAACAACAAAUGACGAGCUUCAAAACAAAGAAAUUAAUCAAUCACCAAAUGUAGCAACAAUUUCAGAAGUAGCAAGAAAUCCAGUAGAGACAAGUGAAGUGCCUGUAAGCAUUUCACCUGCUAAUACAUCAAGCAAAUCUUGGGCUAGUAUCGCGGCAGGUACCACAAAACCAAUAGCCCAUAUUGCACCUAAUAAUGUUUUAAAUGUAAACAAUCAAACUGAGCAAUUAUCAGUUGAAAAGAGUAAUUUAACACCAAAGAAUUUUCAACUUAAAUCAGAAGAUGCACGUCAUAAAAAUGAUGUUAUACCGGAAAUACGCAAGCCAUUACAUGCCGAAGUACCUCAAGUACAUUGUGAUGAUCCAAUUACAUACAGAAUGGGAGAAUUUUUGCUUGGUUAUCAAAUGGAUAAACAGACCGUUAGUCUACUACCACGUGGAUUGACGAAUCGCAGUAAUUACUGUUACAUUAACAGUAUACUGCAGGCCUUACUUGCUUGCCCACCCUUUUAUAAUUUACUAAUGGCUUUACCUCAUUCAAGAAACCCAUCUAAACAUUCGCCCAGUCCACUAAUUGACAAUAUGAUCAAAUUCGCUCGUGAAUUUACGCCCCUGUCUGAAGGAGCACGUUUAGCAAGAAAAGAUAGGGCUCAAAAACGAAACGAAGAUGCAGUUGUAGAUAUUCAAAGUGGAGUUCCGUUCGAGCCAUCGUAUAUAUAUACAAUUUUGAAAAAUACUUCAUCUUCAGGAGUAUUUUCGGUUGAAGGUCGGCAAGAAGAUGCCGAAGAAUUUUUAUCGUGCCUAUUAAAUGGAAUAAGUGACGAAAUGUUAGAGUUGAUGAAAUUGGCAAACAACAAUGAUCAAAAAUCAGUAGAAUGCAUAGAUAACAGCGUAAAUUAUAGUCAAGGCGAAGAAGAAUGGAAGGUAAUGGGCCCUAAAAAUAAAGGUUCGAUCACGCGAAGUACAGAUUUUGGACGUACUCCUCUAUCAGACAUAUUUAGAGGCCAGUUGAGAUCGAGAGUUUCUCGAGCCACAGAACAAGCAACUGAUUAUGUUCAACCAUUUUUCACUUUACAACUAGAUAUUGAGAAAGCAGAAUCCGUAAGAACUGCUCUAGAAAUCCUUGUUGGAAAGGAUCAACUUGAAGGCAUGACUUGCAGUAAAACGAAACAACAAAUCGAAGCGUGGAAGCAAGUUACUUUAGAGGAACUGCCAGUGAUUCUCAUAUUACAUUUAAAAUGGUUUGACUACAAUCCUGAUGGUUGUUCUAAAAUUGUCAAAAGUGUGGAAUUCCCUAUAGAUCUUAAGAUUGACAACAAAUUAAUGUCGAUAAAUGCCAAAACAAAAUUGAGUCAAAAACAAAGGCAAUAUAAAUUGUUUGCUGUUACAUACCAUGAUGGGAAAGAAGCAACUAAAGGUCAUUAUGUAACCGAUGCUUUUCACGUUGGAUAUGGCGGCUGGGUCCGCUAUGAUGACAGUUCUCUUAAAGGGGUCUCUGAGGCAAAUGUACUGAAUCCUCAACCACCCAGAGUACCAUAUUUACUAUAUUAUAGAAGAUGUGAUACUAUUGGAAAUAACCAAUCAAAUAAUGUUAAAGUGCGAUAGAUAACUAGCAGCAACGGAAGUCCUACUAAAUAGUUUAACAAUUUGUUUUAAAUAAAUGAAAACUUGCAUUUUUAUAUUUUCUAAAUUUAACUUGAGAUUUGUAUUUAAGCGAUUUACAAAAAUGAAUUAAGCGUUAGCAGAUCGAAAAUUAUAUUAUUGUAGAAAAAAGAAAGCGUUACACUUUUUUAAUGUAUCAUAUUCUUAUCGUUAUAUAUAUAUAGUGAAUGCGAUCGUUAUGAGUUUGAUGUAAUUAAUCUUUGGUAUGUGAAAUAAAGAUAAAUAAGGGCCUAUAAACAUAUGUCAGUAAAAAGUAAUGCAUAUCAUUGAAGGAGAAUCAGCUGCUAAGUUAUGUAAAUGUAAAUUGUGAAAAAUACAAAUAUAAAUUGUAGUUAUUAUAGUUUCUAUAUACAUUUAUACGCGUUCUCCUUUUAUGAUAAAUAAUUUACUUUAUUCACAAAUGUUUAUAGGCUUUUAUAUUACUAAUUAAA